GGAUGGCGGAGGAUGGACGGGAAGAGUCGGUGGCUGCUGAUGAAGACUCAGACAACACAACCGCUGACGGCAGCAACAGCUUCAACAACACGAUGGUGGAAGAGGGCUCCACUCUCCUGCGCAGAAUGGAGAUCUGUGUUGCUGAAGCAGAGAAAAGGAGUGGCAAAAAUGCAGUGAACAUGCAGGAGACGUUCACUGUGUACCUCAUUGAAACACGGCCGAUGGAUGCUGUGGCUGAAGGCCGUAACCCUGCUCCUGACUCUCUGUGGAGGAGAUACAGUGAAUUUGAGCUGCUGAGGAACUACCUGUUAGUUACCUAUCCAUACAUCGUGGUCCCUCCGCUGCCUGAGAAGAGGGCGGAGUUUGUGUGGCACAAGCUGUCUGCAGACAACAUGGACCCAGACUUUGUGGAGCGCCGCAGGGUCGGCCUGGAGAACUUUCUGCUCCGUGUGGCAUCACAUCCAGUCCUCUCCAAUGACAAGAUCCUCUACCACUUUCUCACUGAGGAACAUGGCUGGAAGGAAGUAGUGUAUGAGACAGGAUUUCAGGCCAAGGCAGAUUCCAGGCUGAGAGCUCUCAGUGCCACCUUCAGAGUGAGAAAUCCAGAUAAACGUUUCAUGGAGAUGAAACACUACAGCGAUGAGCUGCAGUCACACACAUCUCAGCUGCUCCGAGCACGAGCUAGAGUUGCAGAUCGACUGUAUGGUGUUUACAAGGUCCAUGGGAACUAUGGAAGAGUCUUCAGUGAGUGGAGCGCCAUAGAGAGAGAGAUGGGAGAUGGACUACAAAGUGCAGGUCAUCAUAUGGAUGCAUAUGCUGCGUCAAUAGAUGAUAUCUUAGAAGAAGAGGAACAUUAUGCAGACCAACUAAAGGAAUAUCUGUUCUACGCUGAAGCUCUGAGGGCAGUGUGCAGGAAACAUGAGCUGACCCAGUUUGAGCUGGAGAUGGCCUCCCAGGACCUCAUCUCCAAGAAGCAGCAGCAUGAGGAGCUGGCUACAGGGAUCGUGCGGACGUUCUCCUUUAAAGGCAUGACCAACAAGCUGUUUGGCCAAGAGGCCCCUGAGCAGAGGGAGGCCCGGCUGAAGCUGCUGGAGGAGAUGAUAGCAGAGGGGGAAGAGGCUGUCAAGGAGAAAACAGUCGAGUGCGAAGAGCAUGUCGAAAGGGCGUGGGUGGACAUGCAGCGCUUUAAAGAGCAGAAAGACAAAGAUCUGAGGGAGGCGCUCAUCAACUAUGCUGUCAUGCAGAUCAGCAUGUGCAAAAAGGGAAUACAGAUGUGGAGCAAUGCCAAAGAAUGUUUCAUGAAGAUGUAAAGUUGAAGCCAUAUUGAAAAGAUUUGCACCCUCAGCGAUGCUUGUGGUUGGGAUCAGAAAGCCUUUUCAAAUAACAAAAUGCCAAAAACAGAGUACCUGCUCCUUUCGGUUCUGCUUAUCAGUUCUUAAACAUACAUAUUGGCACUCCUUCUGGACCGGACAACGCUGUGCAAAGCCAUACAUUUUGUUUUUGUUUGCACUAUGAGAAGAUUAAUUGUAGCUAUGAGUCUGUGUAUGGCUGGACCACAGACUUUCUAUCUCCACUCCAACCAGCAACACCCUCAUCAGCACAGCGAAUAGGGAUGGCACAAGAUUUUAUUAACACAGUCAUUAUCAGAAAAAAUAUCCCGGGUUUCACCAUUGUUAAUCAGGGAAUUUAUUACACCACAGAAUUAACUAAGAUAAUUAGCUUAAUCCAUAUCCAAAAUAAAGAGAGGGGAAGAAAAAUCAGAGACCUAUAGCAGACUUUUAGAAUAUUUCUAAUAAAGCUAAUGAACUAAAAUAUGUAUUUUCAUUAUCAACUAUAUAGUGUCGGACCUGAAUACUGCAUUGUUUGGAUAUUUGUUCAUUCAAUAUGUAUUCAGUUAUCAAUUUCUGCAGAAUAACAGAAUCUCUAAAAAAAUGUAUGCUUUUUCGCUCAUGAAGAAAUCUCUGGAAAAGUUAUUAUUUUUUGGCGCUAACAUCAUUUCAGCAUGAAUGAACAGAUUAUUAGUGAAUCAUAUCAUGUAGCAACCAAAUUAAACUGUAUGAAGUGAAUUAACAUGGUCCAUCCAUUUUAUCAAGGGAAUUGUGACUAUGAAUGAAUUAUAAUUGGGUAAACAAUUUUAUAAUUAUAAUAUUUUAUUCAAGUUUUUUUUUCUGUGAAAUAUGCAUAUAACCUGUUUUGACCUCUCGCCUCAAGCAUGCAAAAUCGAUUUGUAAAAUCGAAACCAGAAUAGUUAAAAUCCCUGAUUCCCAAUACUUUUAAUAGUCAGUAGAGGAAAUGUGUCCAUAUAAAAAAGAGGCCCCUUUACAUGUUAAAGUCAAAUAACUAGUCACAGGAUUAGUAAACUGAGCUGGGGAGCGUGGAGUUUAAAGGCGUGGGCAUUUACCAGUCAGGGAAAGACACUAUUGCAUUAUUGGAACUGGAGGAUCCAGGAUUUUUGGAAGGGACUAAAAGUCCGUUUAUAGCCGUGUUUCGACUUGGGGGAAAAGUGGCCACCAGGAAAGUCUCAGGCCACACCCUCUCAAAAGUCCGCUCACUCUGCGUGUCUCCAUUACAAGUUAGCCCCCAGAGGGAUUUAGAGACUCUAAACUUUAGGAGGUGACGUAUGGUUUUCACCGUCGCUAACUGUGCACAACAUCAGCAGCUGAAAACAGCAUGGCUAAUUAGGCUAAUUAUGAGUCUCCCUGAUCAUAAACAUAGUGAUUGUGAAUUAACGGCAUCGCUAACUGUGCACAGAGUGUCUGGUGCUUGUUGUAAACAAACAGAUAUCGCUAAGUGAACACCUCCUGUAGCAGCAGCACAUACACACUGUACUGCUACAGAGCUAUCUGUAGCUAACUGCCGCUAACGGCGGCUCUUCAUAACAAGCCGGCUCUUUAAGAAGAGUAAGGAGUUGCUGGAUUUGUCUCCAGUCGCUUUCUUGAAAAAUAGUCGCUAAGGGGGUCUGAAAAGUCGCUAAAUUCAGCAACAAAGUCGCUAAGUUGGGAACACUGCUUCUCCGGCUUUUAUAAAUGGCGUGUGUUGUUGUGUAGAGUACUACGUCACAUCCUGCUUAUCUAUCCAAUCAGUAACCAGGCUGUUUUCAGGGAAAAAAGACCCUGCUCUUCUACAGGGACAAAAAAAGUCCAGACAAAAGUCUGCUCUAGACUGCUCGUAUUCAAAUUAGGGGCGUUUCAGCGAGUGAGACCCGCCUCAUUCUGGGUAUUGCCCGGUAGUGGAAAGAUCCCUUAUCUCAGUCACUGCUACUUUGAUUUGGACCAUUCUUUAAAUUCUGUAUCUUCUCUGUCUCCAAAUAUUAUGGAUAUGGUACACAAAUCUGCUAGAAGCCAAAAGUCUAGUGAUGGUCCUUUCACUCCUUAAGGCUGGUCUGCAACCUGUCAAUCAAGCUGACCAGUUCCAACUGGACUGUGGUCAAGUUUGUUUAUGGCGGGGGAAAAAAGCAGAUUUAGAUUUAGGAUUUUGUGAUAGUAGAUGUGUGUAAAAACAAUGGCAAGAUUUAUUUUAGUUGGAGCGUAUAGUCAAACUUCAGAUGAUUAAGUUAAUCUGUUAAACAAAGCUGUUUCGUUCUUUUCAUCACAUAAUGUAAUCAAACAGGCAACUGCACAGCGUUAAUAUAUGUCCAAUCAAAGUUUUUGCUACUGACAGGCUCAGAUUUGUAUAGUAAGUGUCAGCAUUAUGGAAACUUGCUUUAUAGAACAGGACCCAGGUACACAAUCAUUUCAGGUAAUAACAUCUCAUAUAUUUCCUUAACUGGAACUAAAUUAACUGAACUACAGGUGUAGAAGGGACUUACUAUAAAAAUUAUAAAGUCCGCCGUAGUGCUCAGUGGUAUUCAGGUGCAGAUAUUGUGGUGAAAACAAAGGAAAUUAUGAUAUUAAAAAUAAUCAUCAUAGUAGCAUUACAUUUCCUGUAUUUAAUUUAUUGCUUGCAUUCCUGUUAAUGAAUCAGUCACAAUGAAAUGGCUACAAGAUGUUGAUUACAAGUUGAUGUCCAGGAUAAUGUAUUAUACUAAUGUACAGCGAGCUGCACAUAAUGAUAUUAAAUCUAAAAUAGCUUUAUUUAGUUCAGCUUAAUUACAUUUAUAAAUGAAAUGCAUUUGCAUUUAUUGACUGAAAUGUUUUGUUUUAUAUGAUCACCAUGUUUUAAUCUAUUAUUUCAUGUCUUGGAGGCUUGCCAGCAAUAAGUGUAUUUAUUUUCAUAACUCCAUUUGUCCAAAACAUUUUUUUUUCACAUUUUAAUGCGCAGUUUGAAAGUAGCUUCUUUGUUUUAUUUAUUUAAAUAAAAAUGUGUCAUAUCA